AUGGAAGAUUGGAGACGAAUUGACAUUGACGCCUUAGAGCCCGAGAACCAUCUUCUGAAAGAGGAGCUCAUUCCAGACUUACCUCCUACGUCUCACCAAGAUGUUGUAAACACUUCCCAGCAAGUUCGUGCUUCGUUAUCCCUGGGAAGAUUUCAAGAAGCUUUGGCAUUGCUGCUUGAAAACCCCCCAUAUGUUGCAGACGAGGCCACCAAAAAGUUACACGGCGAAACUGUUUUCGAAGUUUUGUGUUCGAUCAAAAAUAACCACAACACCAACGACUUGGGAACCUUUGUAAAACAGUUAGAUAGCAGUCAGCAGGAUACGCUCAUCAAGUAUUUGUACAAAAGUAUGAGCACUGGCUAUGGUGCAAAGCAGGGAGGAUUGUUGUUGAAUUGGUUUGAGAAGACCGUAGAGAUCACAGGAUUGGGUCCAAUUGUACGGUUUAUGACGGAUAGAAGAACAGUAUAA